GUGAAAGCAGCCACAAGUAGAUAGGUGCAACGCAACAAUUCGUAUAAUUGUAUCUUUGGUAAUAAUGAUUUGGUGUAGAGAAUAAAAGGAGAUGAGAAGACUCCCCGUGAUCUUUCUUUUUCUUACAAAUGAAAUUAUUAAGCAAGCAAAGGCAUAGAUAGUAUAUAUAUCUGUUUGUUGUGUAGUGAGAGUGAGAGUGAGAGGAAGAGACUAUAAAGAAAGGAGAGUGGAAUUGGAGGAGUAUAGGAAGAUGAAUAAUGGGGUGAGACAGUACGUGAGAUCAAAGGUGCCAAGGCUGAGAUGGACACCUCAUCUUCACAACUGUUUUGUUGAGGCCAUUAACACUUUGGGCGGCCAUCACAAAGCUACUCCGAAGCUUCUUCUUCAGCUAAUGGAUGUCAGAGGCCUCACCAUUUCUCAUGUCAAAAGCCAUCUACAGAUGUAUAGAAGCAUCAAGAGCCAAGCCACCAGACCAGCAGCUGAUAUGUGCAUUUCACGACAAAGGAAUCAGCAACUUUGUGAUGAUGAUCUUAUGUUCAUUUCUCCUGCUCCCCCUUCAAAAAGGGCAAAAAGUGAGAAUAAUAUAGGAAGCAGACAAGGAGGAAUAUGUGAGGAGUCAGUAACCAAUCCGUACAAUGAUGAUGAUUACAUGCAGCAGAGUAUGGGUGAGAGAAUAUUAAUAAUAACAAAGGAUAAUUGCAAAAAAGAAGAAGAAGAAAAAAAGAGGGUUUUGGAAGUGCACAUUCAACCAAAUCCUCAAGAAAUUGAAAACCCUUCUCCUGCCACUGCACUGCCAUACUCUGACUUUUUCAAGGAGAUAAAAAAUCUUGGGCUGGACUCAGUCAAUGAGAAGGAAGUUGAUGGUUGUCAGCUGUCUCUAUCUCUGUCUUUGGCAUUGCAAAAUUAUCCUUCCUCCCAAAAAACUAAUGUGUCCAACAGUGAGAUUAGCGAGACAGUUUCUUCUUCAAAUUCCAAGUCUAAUUUUUCUGAGGAAUUAGUUGAGCUUAAUUUAGACUUGUCUAUUGCCCCAUGUGGCACAUGACUUUUCUUAAUCAGAGAUUAAAAUAGAAAAGGGCCAAAAGGCUCAUCCAUUGUGC